CCGCUGCAGUGAGGAGGGUCGUUGCGAAACUGUGCGUCCGGAGGACGGCGUGGGACGGUGCAGGCGCGUGCAGUGAUAUACCUGUUAGGAGUGUGAGGGGUGGUGAAAUCGAGAACCUGUGCUUUAAUCUAUAAUCCUUUGGAGUCGUCGGCCUUGUGUAGUAUUGGAGCACGCCUCGUUGGACGAAAGAUGAACAGUGACCGGUCAAGUCAGGUCAGAACAUGUGGGUAGCUUACUCUGAGGUGACUUGGAAGGCCUAGUUGAAGUCCUGUCCUGUGAAGGCCGGAGCGCCAUGACCUACCGUAAUCUAACAUGGCGAGCCGGCCUGCUGUUUCUGGUCGUGCUGGCCGCCGCUCCUUUGGUAGUCUCGGGUCAGUCGGUGCCGCCGCGCCGGCCUUUGGCCGAUGACCUGCCGGAGCCGCGCUGGAGGCAGCAGGCCGCCCGAAUCCUACGCUGCUGCGCGGAGGACGAGGCGCUGGUCCGGUCGUCGGAUCCGGCGGAGCUGCCGUCCUGUCAGCCGGUGGGUGAGACGCUGCGCUGGCGGCCGCAGCUCCUGAACGCUAGGGCGGGGAGCCGCGGGCCUCCGGACUCGCGGCUAACCGUGCUGCAGACGGGUAACCUCACCUGCACCGAGGGUUCGUUCUGGCUGGACGGCGGGCGGCCCGAGCAGCGGUUCGAGCUGCUGACCACCGGGGAGCUGUACCGGUCGGAGGUGGACGUCCUCCAGCCGGCCCAGCAGUUCUGCGCCGGCCGGCUGAUCGAGCCGCACAACCUGACGGACGCUGAGGGGGUCGCUAUCGACGGUGCCAUCGUCUGUAACGUCAGUAUGCACCAGCUGAGCUCGCUGGUGGACGAGACGCUGCUGGAGCCCACCUGUCGGCGCGAGACCUGCUUCCGCAAGUGCUGCCCGCGCGGCCUGUACAUGGACCGGUACCAGCGAUGUCUGCCGCUGCCUGCUAACAAUACCUGGCGGCCCAGCUUCUACAGGUCCCUCACCCACCGGGCGGGCAGCGGGAGCUACCGCACUAUCUGGGGUAACGCCAGGUGCCCGCCCUCGGAGGACGGUCAGUACGGGCGCGUGUUUCCGCUACAGCCCGUGUUCCGCGCCCUUGACCGGUUCUACCUGCAGACCAACGGCUCGCUCUGGGUUCCCGGCCAGCAGAAGAUGACCAACUUGCCACACUUCUGCGUCGACCAGAUGCUCUACUCACUGAACGGCUCUGAGCAGUUCCACGCGUUCGCGAUCCUGUGUUUCGGCGGCAGUCCGCCGGCCGUGGCGCCGCGCCACUACGUCAUGGAGGCGCUGCUGAUCGUCUCCGCUGCGCUGCUGCUCGUCACGUUCGCCAUUUACGCCGCCAUCCCGGAGCUGCGAAACGUGCACGGCCGCUGCCUGAUGUCGCACGUGGCUGCGCUGUUCACAGCCUACGUCUGCCGCAUCGCCUCACAGACGGCGUUCGUCUACCGGAGUCUGCCAUUCUGUCAGGCCAUAGCAAUUAUCAUGUACUACUCGUUUCUGGCGGUCUGCUUCUGGCUGAAUACGAUGAGCUUCGACAUAUGGAGAACGUUCAGUAGCGGGCAGCCAGACGGACAGAUGGCCCUCAGACCUUAG